AUGCGGAUCCCCAAAGCUACACUCGGCCUUAUCUCCAAAUUGCUUGAAGAUCUUUUGGCCGACAACCCCGUCGUUGCGCUAGCUAACAUCCAUGCGUUUAAGCAGGCUUCACCCGCCCUCGAAGUGGGUAAGCGCCUGCAGUUCCACGACUACUUCGUCACACACCUGCCGUCGUCGUCGCUACAUCCGGACCCGCGGGGGCCCACCUCUUCCUUCCAUAAACUCCCUCGUUCGGCGUCGAUACCACAUACCGGAGAUACACUGCACUCGCCGACAUUACUCCAGAAUCUAGUAGGCCGCGAGACGACAGUAGUCCGAAUCCCGCUUCGCCGCGCAAAGCAUCAUUUCGGAGCCGUCACUGCCCGCGGUACUCGCCCUACAAAUGAAGAUACAUACCAAGCCGGUGUCAUCGACCUUCCUGCCUUCGCAAAGCGACCCCCGGCGUCGCUAACUAUUAAGCGAUCCAACGACCCAAAAUCUUCAGCCGACUCGCGCGAGUCGCGUGGCGCGGAGACGGCCAGUGGGGAUCCGCAAGUAUUCUAUUUCGGCGUAUUUGACGGACAUGGCGGAUCCGAGUGCAGCACGUUUUUGCAGGAUAGGCUACAUGAAUAUAUCCAGAACGCAGCGGCCGAUUUCGAGCUUCAAUCGAGUCUCCGCACGAAGCAACAACAGGUGAAUUACGGGGAAGUCUCAUCCGCCACCGGUUCAUUGCCGGUGAUGCAGGAGGCUGAUCGCAAACGCAUUGGAGAUCUGGAGAAGCAUCUCGUGCAGAACUGGCGCCGGCUAGUUGGCGGCUACUUCAAGAGAUUCAAGCCACCACAUUUUGCCUACUAUGGCCCCGACAACUCCACAGAGAACGCCGCUUCCACAGGCUAUGUUUCCAUUGAGGAGGUUCUGGAGUAUGCCUUCCUGCGUGCCGACUUGGACUUUGUCAAGGCGCAAGCGGCCAAGCAGGAUGAUGAUCUGGUUCAAGCUGAGAAGCCGCUGAACGAAGAUGAGAUUCUCUAUAACCCGAGCUUGACUCGAAGUCCCAAGAUCGGUGGCCGGUCACGAUUCAAAGGUGGAAGUACUGGGAGUAUUGCCAUGAUCUCAACUCCAACCCCGACACCUUUCUGGCACCCGGCUGGCCCGUCGAGUCUGCUGGUCGCCCACGUCGGCGAUACCAGGGUUUUACUCUGCUCAACUAUAACCGGACAAGCGAUUCCACUGACUUCGAACCACCACCCAUCCUCUCCUCUAGAGGCAGGUCGACUACGUCGCUACGCCACGACCUUUGUGACCGAUUCCUUCGGCGAGGAGCGCAUGAGCGGACUUGCCAACACCCGGGCCUUCGGCGACGUUCAAUCCAAGCGCAUUGGCGUCUCCGCCGAACCCGAGCUCCGUCGUAUCGAAAUGGGACCGGCUGAAUUCUCCUUUUUGGUCAUGGUCUCCGACGGUAUCAGCGGCACCUUGCUAGAUCAAGAGAUCGUUGACAUUGUCAAAGAAGCCCGAACCCCCGAGCAAGGUGCCCGUGAUGUAGCUAGUUUUGCAACUGAGGUGACCAAGGAGGGGGACAAUGCUACUUGCCUGGUCAUCCGACUUGGCGGUUGGGAGCGACGACUGGAAGGGGGCGUGGGCAGUUUGGGAACGAAGGAGUCUCGCGAGUGGCGGCGACAGGAUGCCACCGAUCCGCGCAGGUCACGGACGUGA